CAUGAGAAAGAUAGCCAGGCUGGAAGACCAGAGGAGGGCGAUGGCCGGAACAGCGCUCUCCGAGGACGAGGAGAAGCGCUGGCUCUACGAGCAGAUGGCGGCUCUGCAGCAGAAGAUCCGCCGCCUCGAAUCCGGCCAGGACGGCGGUGCCAGCGACAAUCAGGCCCUGCCGGCGUCCGAGGCGGCUACCAAGACCGGGCUGGAGCAGAUCGAUCGAGAAAUAGUGCGACUUCGUCAGCAGGUGGAUGCCAUGUCGCUGUCGUCGUCCUCGGAUGAGCAGAGCUCUGGUAGCGGUGACGGCGCCCCCCGUCUGUACCGCGCGGCGGGCCCUGGCCAGCCGGCCGGCGCUGUCUGGACCAGUGACCCGCCGGACUCCAGAACCUCCUCCCAGUCGAGCCCGGCUCAGCUGGCGGCCAGCGGCGGCGGCCGGGCCGAGCUGGUGCUCUCGCUGCUGCAGCUGCUGCGCUCGGCCGACCACCAGCUGGUCAGCAGCACGCUGCUGACCAUGACGUCCAGCACGGAGAGCUACUCGCUGCAUCAGCACCCAGUGGCGGCGGUGGUGGAGUUGGUCAAGCUGUCGUUCGACGAACAGCAGCGGAGCGCGCUCUGCCAGCUGGGCGGCCUCUACAGUCUGGCCGAGCUGGUGCAGGCCGAGCACGAGACGCACGGCCCGGCCACCGGCCACCCGGCCUGCAACACCACCCGCAGGUUCGCCAGCAUGGCGCUCACCAACCUGACGUUCGGCGACGGCACGAGCAAGGCGUUGCUGUGCGGCCAGCGCGCCUUCAUGCGCGCUCUCGUCACGCAGCUUCACUCACCCAGCGAGGAGCUUGUGCAGCUGUACCCCUGA